AUGGCCGCCUAUCCCAAAUCACCUUCCGCUAAUUUGCACCAGGGCGUUGUCAACGGCAUCACCCAGAAGUGGGCCGAUAAUGCAAAAGGCAGGAUGGCCAUUAUGCAUUAUGCCACAAUGGGGAGGGGGGCGGGUCCAAUCUCUUUAAAAGCUGCGACCGAACACCUGAGCUAUAACUGUGUGACAAGACUCGGUAAAGACAGGGCCAGAAUAAUGGGUUCCUUCCAUGACAUAACCACGGACGCGGCAACUGGCCGGACACAAGAGGAUGACUUCCAUGUCACGAUCAAGGCGCGUCCUGGUGACUUGAGGGUUCAUAUCUACGUCCAGGGUAUGGGUAAUGAAUGGACCGAUGACAUUCGACGAUGUCAAAAUGAAAGGAGAAAGUGUUGA